UUACUGCGCGUCUAUACACUCGUAAGUUACACUGUACGCUAUAUACAGUGUGAUAUGUUAAAAUAACAAACACAAUAUUAUUUUCUCGGAGCUAUGUUGAUAAUCUGCCGUUAGUCUGCAGUCCCCUCCAACUGAGUACUGAAGGGUUUAACAAGUGACCCAUUCUCCGACCAACACGAGAUCGGACGUCCGCCUCCGGAUUCUGAACGAAAUAAUAAUAAUAACAAUGCGGCAGUGGUUUCGCGCAGUUUGACGAACCCGUUCGUAUACAGCGCCCGUGCUGUUUCGUAAUAAUAAACUACUUUAGAAUUUUAGUAAAACGUUUUUUUGUUUUUAUUCGUUUGUUUGUUAUUUAUUUUUCGGUUUUUGCCACCGCCAACAACACGUUAGCGGCAAUAACAGUAGUCAUUUGUCCCCGAAAGUUUGGCAUCGCUCUACCCGAACGGUAAACACGCGACAAGCGAUCGUAAAUCAGUGUUUGAUGAGCGGCAAUUUGCGGCACUCGCUAUUGUGAAAAAGAUAAGAUACGAGAACAUACAGAUUAUACAUCAAUGUGGCAAUCGAAGGGCGUAAAGGCGGCGACCGGUUUGAAGUGGACACUUGUUGAAACUAGAUUCGAACAGUAGUUAAGCUAAAAUAAUGGCUGCAUGUCUUCCGUCUCACUGCAGUACCGAACGACAGGUCUUAAAGGAUCGAGAUCAAGUGCACACAAGUAACUGCAAGACCGUUGAGCCAAAGUCAAUAAACGCGGCAGUACGAACACCUAACGGAUCGACCGACAUUAAGAUACAACAACUAGAGAUGAAUGAAAUCAUUACUGCAAAUCGUAGUUCUGCAGUAGAUUUUUCGACUGAUCACAAUAAUACAACCGGUUCAAAAAUGUCAUCAGUAAACAAUCAAAUCGACAAAAGACUCCCGGCAGACGACGACAAUUUAUUACCGGACCAAAACGUUAUAGCCAAUGAGGUGAUCGGAAAUAUGGACGAAGAUACGCCAAGAGCGUUUAAUUUAUACAGAAAUAAAAAGUUAUUGUCUCAUGGUAUGAUGGACGUCGCACUGUUUUCCGCAAAUGCAAAUCAACUAAGAUAUGUAUUAGAAAAUAGCGAUGGCAGUGCCCUUUACGUAAUUUGCGUGGUGCUCUUGUUGAUUAGCAUAUUUUUACAGAUUUUAGUUGGCGUAGCGCUUUUACUAAGUGCUCGGUACAAUGUGACUCAUUGUGAGCAACGACGGAUGGCAUUUAAAUUGGGAAACUAUGUCAUUGUUGGUAUAUUCCUCAUAACGGUCGUCAAUAUUUUCAUAACGUCAUUUGGAGGACCAACAGUAAGUUCACCUACAGUAGUGUUGUCAACUUCUAUGACUGAGCCACCAAAUGAAUUAUUAUAGAUCAAGGCUAUUUAUAGAUUUAUCAUCGUAAAAUAUUAUAAUUAUAUUUCAAAUUUUUAUCAAUAAGACAAUAAAUAAACUAUAAAAUAUACUUUUAUACACAUAGGAAUUUAUAGUUUUUAAAGUCAAGAACUCUAGACUAAUAAGAUAAGAUGAGGAACAAGGGCUUAACUAAACUGUAUAUUAAAAAUUUAAAUUUAAAAAAAGUAUGGUUCAAUAAUGUAUAAUGCUAGGCAAAAAGUGUUAUA